CAUUCCUAUUGAGGAGCCUUGACAGUUUGUCGCCUGGAAAAUAGUCUCUCCUUUCCUGAAUUGAAGCCUCUGGAGUCACCUUGAUGGUGUGGGAAUUGAAAGAAUGUGAUCAGAAGGGUUAGCGUCCUUGGCUGUCGGUGAAGGUGAAGUCAAAAACGAUAAAUCGAGACGUUCAUUCACGCAACAAUCAUCACCACACAACAAUGCUGCGCAGGCGCAACUACGUUAUACCGUCCCCGACAUUCAAAUAAUUUGCCGCCCAUACAGCAAUAGGACCUAGGGUUCCAUGGACACUAGCACAAGCUUCCUCUUGCACUGACCUUCGCUAUACCCUCCAACGUCCCCUUGAACCCACUACGCGCUCUCCCUCCAACAAUCACAAUACAGAAGCCUCCGAGAAGAGUCACUCCGCGACAUGAGUGGGGCAUUCCGCUCCAUCCAUAAAUUGAAGGUCCGGGCCAUCAUACCCUCCUACACGACCAAAUAUAGCUCCGUCUACGCCUGGAACCAAAUCCUUGACGAUCGAUCUCACCCCCUCUACGGAACGACUGUCCGGCGCUACAAGCAACGAGAUACUUCGGGUUUAUGGUGGUCGGUCACUACACCAACUCAUGGAAAGAAGAGGGUUGUAAGAUCGUGGGUGUGCAGAAGGAUUCGACAAGCAUUCCGCGAGGCACUUGAGGCUCGGGGACUGGACAAAGAUGGUAAAGGCGUGGCCGGAACAGGCGGUGCAGGAUCAAACGAUAAGGCCCGCAGGCAGAAGUUGCUAAAUCUUUACGGCACACUACGGAUUGGUGCGCAUGAUCAAGCUUCUACGGCAAAAUAUGAGGAGCUUCGCCAGGAGUGUGAUGUACUGGUCAGCGCACUUUUGAGCGCUUGCUCCCGUGGCAAGGAGACAGUCGACUCAAGGUCGGUAAUUCCUCAAUACAGACCUCGCGGGGGUCGUCCGAGCAGCUUCAGCGCUGCUGGCCCUAUGUCACUGGCAGACGCAAUGGCUCCCGGUGUUCCGCAUAGAAAGAGGCAAAGACCACAACAGAGAAACUGAAGGCAUUCACGAUAUAGCCGAUGGAGCUAAUUGCACAAGACGUCUGUUUGACCUCGAUGUUUAUUGAGCAGUCACAAUAUACAUACUUCAGCUUAUAAGGCCACCUCAAACCUUUUCAUCAUACGAUCUAAUUAACGACCUAUAAAGCUGUGCUAUGUUAUACCCAGCUCUCCGUGGGCACACUAUUCAAAUUCGGAGUUAAUGUAUAUUACCAAAUUCUAAAUCUUCUCCCUUCGUUAUCCAUUGUGCACAAGUCUAACCACGAACGACGUGUACCUUUUGCCAGCCAAAGGGUCGCGACUUGGGACAGACGGGAGGUCAUGCGCAGAUUCGGUGCAGACGUGCCGGUUGAGGGGGUCUGCCAGUAUGUUUUGAGGAAGACUGAAUUGAACCCUUUAAAUGAUUGAUGCAAGCGCAACAAUGAAGAAGGAUGGGACAAACUUUCACCUUUUACACGCUCUAAAU